CAGCCGUUCCGGAAGACAUCAAAAUCACUACAAUGGCGACACGAGUCGAGCGUUCUUUGCACGCCAUCAAGCAGUUCAAUACUACAUUCCACAAGACCAGCUCAGUUACAGAGUCCCGCCGGGCUUCAGCGAGUAGUUCCAGCGGAGACUCCUGGGAGAACGGCUUCAUCUGCGAGCGCCUUAGGGAUCGGAUCCAUGGUUUCGAGAAGCACAUCACGAACUCGCCCACAGGACUCAUGAGACGCGUCUACCCCAAGAACGACGUCUACAGGGUCUUGACAUGCAAAAACAUUCGAUCGCUCCUCCAGUGCCCUUGCGAGGGCAAAUGGUGCCGCGGCAGAAUGUCUCCUGCCACCGAGCAAAAAAUCACGACAAUCUUCAGCGAAUACCGGUUGAUCUUCGCCAUUCUCCUGGAGAUGGAGCGUCUCUGCCUCAUCCACAGCUUUGUUGAGUUAGGGUUUACCGACGAGAGCGUGCUGGCUCAUCCGCUCCAGCAGAGUGAAUUGGAGCAAGUCAUGGAUGAUGCUUACAUCAGGCACGGGAUCCGCGACAACCACUUCUGGAAGACUUUCCACCACCACAAGCAGUACGAGUUCCUUCUGCCCAACAUCCCAGCACUCGAGAAGGCGGACGCAGACGACAUCUUCACAGUCAACAUCAGCCGGACUUUGCCGAUUAACCUGAAGCGCCAGCUCGGCCGCGGAGGCUACGGUGACGUCUACCAAGCCGAGCUUCUCGACGGCUACCACAGCCUCGAGACCAUUGACGGCUGUGUUGCCGUCAAGAUUUUCCGGGUUUCCUCCAGCAGCGGCAGCGAGAAGAGCCGGGACUACGAUGAUGAGGAUGACUACUACACCGGCGCCGGCGACUGGGACGACCAAGACUGCGCCGCCGAGACCCGCAACAACAAGCGCUUCCAGCACUCGAACAUCGUGCCGAUGCUUGCAUCGCUCAGCCACGGACCCGAGAACAUGUCCUUCUACCCGAUUGCGCGGACCUCGCUCCAAGCACUGAUAAGCGAGCCGACGCUCACUCCCCCGAACAACACCACCGUUCGGAUCGUCGAGCAAGUCGCCGACCUCUUCUCGGCGCUGAACCAGAUCCACACCGGCAACGAGAACGGCUGCGGCUACCACCUCGACAUCAAGCCGGCCAACAUCCUCGUUCGCGCCGACGACAGCUUCGCGCUGACCGACCUCGGCAUGGCCCACUUCAAGACGCACCAGGAGGUGCAGCAGGACCGCUCCUUCUCGGAGACGCGCAUGCGUCCCUGCAGCGAGGAGUACGCGGGGCCGGAGCUGACGGGCAAGCGGAUCCACCGGUCGUUCGACAUCUGGGCGAUGGGGGCUGUCUUCCUCGAGCUGCUGGUGUGGAUCGCCGAGGGGCGCGACGGCGUGCGCAAGUUCCACAACGCGCGCAAGACCAAGAAGGACUACAAGAUCUCGCCGCUGCGGCCAUGACCUGGAAGUCGUGGAAAUGAGCGGCUCGCCGCUUCCCCUUCCUACUUCUUUUCUUGUACAUACCUUUUUUUUCUUUUGUUUGUUUGUUUUUCCCGGUGGCUUUUUCCUGCGUUUCACGAUAGACAUAGACGGAUACUCACUUAGAUUUCUAUUUCCUGUUGAGCGGGUUUUUUGCUUUUUGUUUUUGGCGUUUUCGUUCGGCAUUCUGUUUUUUCUUUUCUUU